AUGGCAGCUCUGGGCCCACCGCUGAAGUUCUUACCCAAAGACUUGGAGCCGAGCGAAUUGGAGGCCUACCGCCAUGACUACCAAGCCUUUCGUGCUGGGCACUAUUUGGGUGCACAUGGCGAGAUUGAAGGCUUGCAAUUGCGAGCACAGCAUGCAGCCAGUCAGGCCUCCCCGAACGGCAGUGACGGAGCAUAUUUCAGUGAACCAGAGCGGGGGUCCACUCCUCCAAGAGUGGGAAAGUUGGUGGACGAUCAUGAUCACAGGCAUGGAAAGAACAAAGAAUCUGUUUGGAGAGCUAUUGAAUUGUGGGGACGUGGCACGCAAAGUCCCGUUAUGGGAUUCUGGACUUGGAUCUCAGAUGAAACUGCCAGUAGGCCAGACGAAUCACAGCUGCCCAGAGUGCCUCGCAGUCAUUUGUUGGAAGUCGCAAGGGUGCCACUUCGACUUGAGAAGAUCUUGGCGUUUGGCUUUCUGCUUUGCCUUGACAUCCUUCUGCAUGAGCUCAGCUUUACCCCUCUUCAGGUCCUUUUUGCUCUCCCACGAGCUGCUGCUCACGCCAUCUUUGGAAAGAUGGUAAGUCCCAUAUCUGUUACCCAAAAGUGCGAUGUCAUUCGGCUAAGCCUCCUAAUCGCGAAUGUCUUUCUCCAAUCGGUCUUCUUCAGCAACUCUUGGGUGUAUCACUAUCUUCGUGGUGAGUCCUUUCUGAAACUCUACGUUUUCUUCAACAUGCUGGAACUCUUUGAGCGCUGGCUGCGUUCCGUGGGGGUUGACCUGUUUGAUUUGUUGGCUGCAUCUUGCCGGCAAGGACCUGUGGAGCUUUUGCCCAAGUACCUUUUGGCAUUGGCAUAUUGUUUUGUUCACUCUUCCAUGCAUAUGCUCCGCGUAUUGCUUUUGACAGUCGCCAUCAACACUUCUUCGAGCGCGGUUUUCCUCAUCAUUGUUACCAACAACUUCGGGGAGAUCAAAUCCACGGUCUUCAAGCGAUAUGAGGUGAAGUCUUUAUUCCCAAUUCUCACGUCCGACAUCGUUGAGCGCUUCUACUUGGCCCUUGAUAUCAUUUUCGUUUUGCUAAGAUUGGCGGCUUCUGAGCGAAGGGGCCUCUCCUCUGGAAUGCAGAUUACCUCCUGGUUGCUUUUAUUAGUUGGCAUUGAAUUUGGAACUGAUUGGGUGAAGUUUUGCUUGAUCAUGAAGUUCAGUGAGCUUCCUGUGGCCGUCUUAGAGAGCUACCAGCAGGUUCUCAUUGCAGAUAUCCUUGUUUGUCGCAUGCGGCCGACCGGCUCUCGUGGCGAGGAUUCUGCACCAUGCAUGCCGUUUCGAGGCAUCCAGUCCUUCAGCCAUGUUCUGGCACGACGCAUUGGCUUCAGUGGGCUGCCCCUCUCCACUCUUGUCAUUCUGCAUUUGCCAAUUCAGGGAUCUCCUCACUGGCUUUGGGCCUUGUUGGCUGCAAUCUUUGGAUUUGCAAAGGUGCUGCUAUCCAUCGUCUUGCUGGGUGCAGCAGCAAGGCGCCGAGGUUCCAUCUCCAGGGGCCUCGAACUCUUUGGAAAGAUCAAGGCUUUGUGA